AUGGCGCUGGUUUCCGCUUGGGACCUGCGCUCGGACACCAGGCUCUCCAGGCCUGCUAGCAGAUUCCGUCCGGUUCAGGGAAGGGAGAGGGCGCGUUUUCCUGAUUACCCUUCCUGGACUUGCAUGUUUUUCUUCCCAGGGGUCAGGGACCGCCAGAAUCUUGCCAGGGGACCCACGCGGACUCCUUCCCCUGCCGGCACCUCGUCCCGCGCGCCCCUUCUCGGGCGUCCGCCCCUCGGCGUUCUGGCGGCUCUGGUCCGGGCUGUGCGGGCGGCCGCUUGGCUGCUCCUCUGCGCGGCGGCCGGGCUCGCCCGCACAGGAGCCCCGAGCUCCAGCGACGCCGCUGUCGGUGCAGGUAUAAGGGACACAUGUCCUGAAAUUGUUUUGAAGCAAGAAGUAUUGAAAAAUGGUUUUCACAGAGACCUUUCAAUAAAAGUGAAAUUUGGAGAAAGCAUUGAGGACUUACAGACCUGCCGACUCUUAAUUAAACAGGAAAUCCCAACAGGACUUUUUGUGGAUCCAUAUGAAUUGGCUUCAUUACAAGAGAGGAAAAUAACAGAGGCAGUGAUGAUUUCAGAAAAUUUCAAUAUAGAAGCUCCUAGCUAUCUGUCCGAGGAAUCUGCAGUUCUCAUUUAUGCCAGGCAAGAGUCACAAUGCAGUGACUGUUUCCAGGCCUUUUUGCCUGUGCACUACCGCUAUCACCGGCCACACAGUAAAGACGGAGAAACCUUUAUUGUAGUCAGUAACCCGGAUUUGCUGAUGUAUUGUGACCAAGAGUUUCCAAUUUUGAAAUGCUGGACUCAAUCAGAAGUGGCAGCUCCUUGUGCUUUGGAGAAUGAGGAUAUCUGCCAGUGGAACAGUAUGAAGUACAGAUCAGUAUUUAAGAAUGUGACUCUGCAGGUUCCAGUGGGACUGACCAUUCAUACCUCUUUAGUAUGUUUUGUGACUCUGUUCAUUACAAUCCUGUGUUCUGUGCUGAUCCUUAUAGCCGUUUUCAAAUACGGCCAUUUUUCUCUUUAAAUUUUAUGCAGUUAAAUACCUUCUAUAAAACUAAAUAGCCCUACUCAUUUGUGACUAGAGGUGUUGUUCUACAGUUAACUCAUUACUUUUGUUUUUGUCUUUGUUUAUGUCUAAAAUUAUGUUUACUAACUGAAAUCUUGACUCAUUCUCAGUUAAUUCCAAAAUUUAGUGUUCUACUGUAUAAAGCCUUGAUAAACCUCAAAUAUCAAAAGCCAAAAGAGGAAACUUCAUUUUGUUAAUUUUUAAAAAUGAUUUUGUUUAUUUAUUUGAGAGGUAGAAUUACAGACAGCUGAGGGAGAGACAGACGGAUACAUCUUCUAUCCUCUGGUCAUUGCCCAAAUGGCCACAAUGGCUGGAACUGAGCCAAUCCAAAGCCAGGAGCUAGGAGCUUCUUCCAGGUCUCCCACGCAUGCAGGGGCCGAAGCACUUGGGUCAUCCUCUACUGCUUUCCCAGGCCUUAAGCAGAGAGCUGGAUCAGAAGAGGAGUAGGGAACUGGCGCCCAAAUGGGAUACUGGUGCCAUAGGUGGAGGCUUAGCCUACUACAUUCAGGGCCAGCUCCCAUUUUGUUAAAUUAAUAUUUCCACUUGUUGAGUUGUGGCUUUAUCUAUAUUGAAGAUAGGAAAAUAUUUAUGUAUUAGAGAUAAGUUAGUCUCGUUUUGUGAGUAUAAACCUUUGAAUUUAAGCUAAAAAUUGAAAAAAAUCAUUAUAAAUAAGAACAAAAUAAUGGGAGUGAAAGUCAAGUUUAUUUAAACACUAAUUUCAUGAGAAUAUUAAACCAUCCAGAGUUUCAAAAAGAAUCAUUGAAGUAAGACACUAAGAAAUAAUAAUAUCAAAAUGGAUUAUCUGUUAAAGCAUCUUCAUUUUUUUUAAAUUUCAUAUUUCUUUUUAAUGUAUGAAUUGGUAAAGGGCUUGAUGAAACUGAGUACUGUGUUUUAGUUCUUAUUUUAGUACACAUACUGAUUUUGUUAGAAUAUUAAAAUUAUGUUUUUAAAGAGAAUACUUGUAUUUUCUUAAUUUUUAUAUUUAUUAAAAAAUGGAAAUGCCAGGUGAUAUUUUCUUUUAAAUAAAGGAUCUUGAUUUAUACAUGAGAAAAAAUUAGAAAACAAAGUAAGUGCUGUAGGCUAAUUAAAAAAUAAAACUUCCAGGUGAGUGUUUGGCAUAGCAGUUAAGACGUCUUGGGACGACCCUCAUCCCAUAUCAGAGUGCUGUGGUUGAGUCCUGGCUUUGCUCCUAGUUCCAGCUUCCUACUAAUGUGUACUCUGCAGAGGAGAGAGUCAUGACUCAAGUAGUUGGGACCCUGCCACCCACCUGGGAUACUCAGAUUGAAUUCCUGGCUCUUGGCUCCUGGCUUUGGCCUGGCUGUCCCUGGCUGUUAGGGGCAUUUGGUGAAUGGGGAUCUCUGUCUUGUCUGUCCUUUUGCCUUUCAAAUAAAUUAAAUAAGAAAAAAAAAAAAAAA